AUGCUUUCCCGCAUUCCCCCACAAACCCACAACAGCUACUCCGAAUUCCAUGCCUACGUCCAAAGGCCCGACAUGAUCACACCUCACCCUCAACACCUCUCCUCAAUCAUCCAUCCUAACCCUUCGCCGUAUGACGUUCAAGAUCUACAGGCAGGCCGCAAGAGGAGGGAGUCGGAACUCGAUGGGAAUGAUUCUUCUGACAGGGCGGCCGUCCGCCGGCGGAUCAGUCGAGCAUGUGAUCAGUGCAACCAAUUGCGGACCAAAUGUGAUGGAAAGCAACCUUGUGCGCAUUGCACCGACAACUCGUUGGUCUGUGAAUAUGCGCGCGCUCACAAGAAAAGAGGGCGGGCACCCAAAAGAGAGACGGAGCAAACUGAAGAGACCAACUACGGGUCGUCCCAAACCGCGUCGAACAAUCAACCUCCUGGUGCUCAAGCCUCUGUUUCUCGCAAGUAUUCGGAAACAUCAUAUUCUGGCCGUGAGGCUAUAAUCGAGGACACGACGCUGGUCUCCAGUCAUGCGCCAACAACGGGCACCUUCGAGCAAAACACCCACACUACUUCGUUCUAUACAGGAUUCAAUCCAAACUCGGGAAUGGGCAUGACAAAUGCGGGACAGAUGCAUGAUAUGGAUCCUUCGAUGGUCUCUCAAAUGGCACAGCCUCGGACCAUAGACUUUGCGGUUUCGACCCAGGCAUAUCCGCCCUCGACUAUUGAUUCCAUGCACGUGCCGGGGUCCGCACAAGGCUUCGGCUUUCCUCUCGGCGACGACUAUUCUGUUGCCUUCAUGGGCAAAGCACCAAUGGUCGAAUCACCAGACUGGCUGGCUCUCACGUCUCCUAUGUUCCUGAGCGAGCCAUUGCCCACUCAGCCUCGAAUUCCGGACACAGUGCGGUAUCCGGUUCUUCGGCCGCUGCUCCCUCACAUUGAGUCAAUCAUCCCUCCAGCCCUGGCCUGCGACCUACUGGAGCAGUACUUCACGAGCUCCACCUCGGCCUAUCUGAGACCCGCGAACCCAUAUAUCCUGGGAUACAUCUUUCGGAAAAAGUCCAUUCUUCAUCCUACCGACCCGAGACCAUGCACUCCGGCCUUGUUGGCCAGUAUGCUGUGGAUAGCAGCCCAAACAAGCGAUGCUGCCUUCCUGACAACGCACCUGGAUGCCCGCGCCCGCAUUUGUCAAAAACUGCUGGAGCUCACGGUCAACAUGCUGAAGCCCUUGGUCCACAGCUACCCAAACACUUCUGCCGCCACUCCCAACCCUAACUAUCCACAGAUGCCUCCCAAUGAUGCCGGUCUAGGCGCAUUGGUUGUGCCAACACACUCUGGUCAGCCUGGAGUCGACCGAUCCCAGAUAGACAACCUGGCGACGUAUAUUCAUUUGGCAACAGUGGUUUCGGCAAGUGAACGGAAGGCGGCAAGCCUGAGAUGGUGGAAUGCUGCUUGGUCACUUGCGCGCGAGAUCAGACUAGGGCGCGAACUGCCGCCCAACCCACCAGAACAAGAAGGAGACGAGAAUAAUGCCAACGGCAACCCUGCAGACACGGGUGCCGACGGGAGGAAAAGCUCGGUGGAUGACACUCGUCGCAAGUUCGUCGGCCGUGUAUCUGAAGAAGAAAGAGAAGAGCGACGGCGAACCUGGUGGCUUUUAUACAUGCAGGACCGGCAUCUGGCACUGUGCUACAACCGACCGAUGUUCUUCCUGAAUAAGGAAUGCGAGGGAUUGCUCCAACCAUUGGACGAUGACGCCUUCCAGGCCGGACGAUUUGACAGAGGGUCAGAUCCACAGCAUCGACGGCGCGGGCUCAAUAUUGAAUGUACGUCUCACAGUGUAUUUGGAUACUUCUUACCUUUGAUGGUCAUUCUGGGCGAGAUUCUCGAUCUGAAUCAUGCCCGGAACCGUCCUCGGUUUGGCCCAAGGGCGAACCAACCCAAAAACUGGGACGAUCACACCGACGAAAUCACCCAACAGCUUGAGACAUAUGGACAAAGUCUCAAGGACUUCGAGGCGUCCGGUGGCCACCCAACAGACACCGCUACUAGCGAUGUUGUUACGCCGUCGGUGGUCUCAGCCACUACCAACGAGUCUCACAAUGCAUCGGAAUUGGCCCUACAAACCAAAACCGUUGUGGCAUAUGGCACGCAUAUUAUGCACGUCCUGCACAUUCUCCUGACGGGGAAGUGGGAUCCCAUUGCUCUACUCGACGACAACGACCUGUGGAUUUCGUCGCAGUCGUUUGUGACCGCGACUGGACAUGCCGUGAGUGCCGCCGAAGCCGUCGCAGAGAUCAUCGAAUACGACCCCGAUCUCAGCUUCAUGCCCUUUUUCUUCGGGGUGUAUCUGCUCCAGGGCAGUUUUCUGCUGCUUCUGUUUGCAGAUAAACUUCAGGGAAAUGUAAGUCCGGAUGUGGUCAAGGCUUGUGAGACGAUUGUCCGUGCGCACGAGGCCUGUGUGGCCACGUUGGACACCCAGUACCAGCGAAAUUUCCGAAAGGUGAUGCGCUCUGCUCUGCAACAAGUGCGCGGUCGAGUACCCGAGGAUUUGGCGGAACAGCAACAUUGGAGGCGUGAGGUCCUUGCUCUAUAUCGAUGGACGGGAGAUGGUACAGGUCUUGCCUUGUAA